CCUUCUUAGGAUGCAGUGUAGACCUGUCCAUUGGCUGGCAGACACCGGUCGGGUCUCUUUUCGGUCCGAGACGACGCCGACGUCCGAUGAGACCGAGAGGGUAGAGAGAUACGCUCGCGUACGCUCGUCCUUUUAGUUACCUGUCCGCAGGUGCGUCAUGCGGAUUCGACACGGUUUCGCCGAUACGUUUAAGUGAACAUACACGGAGAGCAGUGCGCAGGAACAUAGGCACGUGCGGUGUCGUGACACGAUGAGGUGAUAAACUGUGUGUUGUGCCAGCCUGCGGGAUCUCGGAGCGACUUUGGAAGGUGACGAUGUGGACGAUUUUGUUGUUACUGAUCUCCACGUGGUCUUCGUCAUGGAGUCAGGUGAUAAACAGGGCGCCCCAUUUCGUUCAAGGUGGGGACAUGGCCAGGUUGGCCGUGUCAGAGGGCACACCGCCUGGUGCUCCUGUUUACACCCUUCAGGGAGAAGAUCCUGAAGAAUCUAAAUUACAUUAUUCGAUCAGCGGCGAGUAUUUUACCGUGAAUAGGGAGACCGGUGUUGUAAUCCUGAGGAAAGCCUUGGAUAGAGAGACACAAGAUCUCAUCGAAGUCAUUAUCAGUAUAACAGACGAAGGUAUCGCCGGAUCGGAACCCAAUACGGUGUCUCUUCGUCGCGAAAUAGCGGUGUUGGACGAAAAUGACAAUCCUCCGGUGUACCAUGACCGUCCGUACGCGGCCAGAGUGCCGGAAAGUGCGCACGUGGGUGGCUUGUUGCUUCCUGAGAAUACGAUCAUCAUCACGGAUCGAGAUGGUGGUGUCAAUGCCGAUGUCCACGUGCAGUGCGUCGCGGCAUCGCGCGACGAUGACGUCUGCGAGAUCUUUGACGUCUCCACGGAGAAGCUCGCCGAGGGAAAAUACGACGUGCAGAUCACGCUAGCAAAACCGUUAGAUUAUGAGAGGAGGAACUCAUAUUUAAUUAAUCUACUGGCUGUCGACGGAACUAGUGAUCCGUCUAAAAGAUUGCAGGCUAGAGCGACCGUUGCCGUUGACGUCCUCGAUGUUCAGGAUCAGCCACCAAUUUUCCUGAAUGCGCCUUAUAGCGCGGCGCUUCCGGAGAACACUGCAGCUAGUCACACGGUUCUGAUAGUGCGAGCUCGCGACGGUGAUACAGGCCAAUCUAGGAAUCUGCUGUUGACAUUGGAAGAUGAGGACGCGGGUCACUUCGAUCUCGAAAUGUCUCGCGAGGGUGAUGUAACAGUAGGCAAGCUGGUGACGACCAACAUAUCUCUCGAUCGCGAGGAUCCCAGGAUCUUACAGAACGGCGGCAUUUACACCUUUCAAGUUAAAGCCACCGAACUGAUCAACAACGAGAUACCAGCUGACACUGCGACAUCGAUCGUCACGAUUGUCGUCACGGACGUGGACGACCUCGUGCCCGUUUUUAACGAGGAUUACUUUAGCAUCAAGCUCUCCGAGGACAUCGGAAAGGACACUCCUCUACCAGGUCUGAAUAUGAUUGUGAGCGACGGUGACGUGGGCGACAAUGCAAAGUAUUUCCUGACGUUGCGAGAUGUGCCGAGGUAUUCUGGAAUCAGCAAAGCAUUUACUGUCAGCCCCGAAGAGGCUCAAGGUCGAGUACCAGUAGUGAUCAAGGCUAAGGACGUCAAUGUUCUCGACUACGACGUUGACGAUCCCACGAGAAGGGAACUCGAAUUUGAUGUCGUCGCUUCUGUAGCUAGCGAAGUGGUGGCAACCUCCAGGGUGCACAUUCAGCUCUUAGACGCCAACGAUCACAGCCCCGAGUUCUCUCAAUCGGUCUACAAACUAUUAGUUUCGGAAGACGCGGAACCUGGCACUCGUUUUAGUGACAUUUACGCGAACGAUUAUGACAGCAGUUCCUUUGGCGAAUUAACGUACACGCUGCGGGGUUUCGGCGCGGACAAAUUCAGGACCGAUCCGCAGGCAGGUGGGAUUUUUGUGGCGAAGAAACUAGAUUACGAGACACAAAAAUCCUAUUCUUUGACGAUGGAGGCGAAGGACGGCGGCGGUCGAGUAUCCGCUGUCAAUAUCCUAAUCGAGCUCGAUGAUGUUAACGACAACAAGCCGAUGUUCGAACAGCCGGAGUACUCCAGGACGGUUCGCGAAGAUGCUACCAGCUUCGACCCGCAAAUGUUUGUCCGGGCGACCGACAUUGACGGACCGAUGCAAGGCAACGGAAGGGUCUUGUACUCGAUCAGCCGACACAACAGUAUGACAGACGAAGUCUUCAAGAUUAAUCCAGAUUCGGGUGAAGUAACCAUGUCGAAACCGGUUCGUUCCGGAGACACCGAAAGGGGCAUUUAUGAAUUAACGAUUCAUGCGACAGAUGUCGGAGCACCGCCGUUGUACUCCGAGGCGAAGCUAUUUGUUCGCGUUGGUGUUCCCGGGAAUCAGAAACCAAUCUUCCGAGGAAAUUACAAAUCGAAUCUACCAGGUCCCAAUACUUAUCGAGCGAGGCUUUUGGAGAACGCGUCUCCCGGAACGGAAGUCAUUCGAGUGGUCGCGAAUGAUCCCGAUGGAAGAGACAACUUGCUGCAAUAUUACAUUGCAUCCGGUUCUAAAGAUAACUUUGUCAUCGAUUCCAGUUCUGGCAUUAUAACUGUGUCACCUGACGCACGUUUAGAUCUGGAGACCGGCGGAGAAAAAUACGAGGUCAUCGUAUAUGCCGUUGAUUCCGGUACACCUGUCAAGGAAACUGCAACUACCACUGUGACAGUGAACAUCAUCGAUGUAAAUAAUAAACCACCAACGUUCAACGAAUCGACAUAUCUGGUUUAUGUUUCAGAACGUGCAAGCAUCGGUGAGUCUGUGUUAAAAGUAGCGGCGACUGAUCCAGACACAGAUGCAAAUUUGGAAUAUUCUAUAGUGGAACCGAUAAGAGCUGUCGAUAAGACCGGCGUAGCCUUAAAGAGCACAAUUUCUUACGAUUACAAAACAGCAUUUCGUAUAAAUUCUACCACCGGUUUGAUAACUGUUAACCGGAUGUUGGAUUAUCAAGUAGCCGCUGUUGUAAUUUUAACGGUGCAGGUGCGGGAUUUAAAUGCCGUCGUCGAUAAAGAUAAACAAGAGGCAAAGGUGGAGGCGACCAUCUACAUUCAAGCUUACAGCGACGACAAUCCAACAUUCACGAAUCCUGGAUGGUCGGCGAACAAUCCGACGAUAAAGAUCACAGUUCCGGAGGAGCAACCCCUGGGCACAACGUUGUUGAUGUUAUCGGCAAAAGAGCCGACGACCGGAUAUCCGGUUCAGAGGUUCGAAUUAGUAAGAGAGAACGAUGACGAAAGUUACGUCAAUGUGGGUGUUCAGAGUGGCAACGUUGUGCUGAGCAAGAGGCUGGAUUACGAAGGAUUAAAUCAGAAGUUUAUUCGCUUCAAAGUGCGAGCACUCGCUAGAGAUUAUGAUAUAACGCGAAAGAUGUCGGAGGCCAACGUGAUUGUUGAUAUACAGGAUACUAAUGAUAACAGUCCAAUUUUCGGUCAGAAGGAUUAUAAGAUUUCUAUUUUGGAAUCGAUGAAACCUUCGAUGAUCGUGCUGAAUGUCAAAGCGACGGAUAUGGAUAGUUCUAACACCGAGCAGGAAAUUCAAAGAGGAUACGGUGAAGUCAGAUACUCCCUGACUGGUGAAAAUGCUAAUCUUUUCGAGGUGGAUCCUAUAACGGGUAACAUUCAGAUCGCCACGAACACGACUCUCGAUAGAGAGAGACAAUCAGUACUGCGUUUUUACGUUGUGGCUUCGGAUAUGCCACAAGGUGGAGCCGAGCAACGAAGCAGUCGAGCUUUGGUGACGAUCGAUGUUCUCGAUGUGAAUGAUAAUGCUCCUAGCUUCGAACAGGAAUCGUACACCGCGGUGAUACCGGAAAACGCACCGGUGAAAAUUAGCGUGGUGAACAUCACGGCUACCGAUCCGGAUGAAGAUGAAGGCGGGAUAAUUUACUUCGAGAUCAUCGACGAAAGUGAAGCCAAUGGUCUAUUUAAAAUUAAUCACACGUCCGGCGAGAUUUACUCGGCCCGAGCAUUGACAGGCAAAGGAAGAACCGAACCGUAUAAUAUGCGAGUCCGAGCUCAGGAUGGCGGAGAUCCGGCUCUGUACUCGGACGUGAGUCUCAUCCUGUACAUCGGAGACGUGGUAAGCAACGACGGCGUCCCGCUGUUUAUCCGACCGACGUUAGAAGAAGUAGCCUAUAUCGCGGAGAACUCCACGAUCGGAAGUCCAGUUUUCCAAGUGGUGGCGUCCGAUCCCGACGAUCCGAAUCUGCCGAACGGCAGGAUCACCUUCCGCUUCUUGGAAGACGGCAAUUUCGGCAAAGACGCGAGCGCCUUUAGAAUCAACAGCGACACCGGGCUGAUCAGCACGCGGAAGCUGCUCGAUCGAGAGACCAAGGACAGCUAUACGCUGAUCCUAGUCGCUCAAGAUCUCGGCGAGCCGCCGCAACAGGCGACCAGGGUGCUCCUGGUGAUCGUUAACGACAUCGAUGAUCACAAGCCACACUUUAAGCGCAAUCUCGAUAGUCCGCCGAUUGAACUAAGCGUUCCGGAAGAGAUGCCGGUAGGCACGAAGGUCGGCGUGAUCGAGGCGAUCGACGAGGACAUUGGUGAAAACGGGAUGAUCGAUUACGAGAUCGUAUAUGGAAACGAGGCGAGACUCUUCGUGGUGGAGCGGCUGAAGAACAACUCGGCCGUCAUCAAAUCGAACGGUCGUCUCGAUCGAGAAACCAAUGAGUUUCAUCUACUGACCGUCAAAUGUUUCAAGUACUCUUCCAAGAAGUCGGACGUGGUGCCGAAACCGUACAACAGACAGGAUCCUUCUGAGCGGCAAGUUCUUGUCAGAGUACUGGACGUCGAUGAUAAUAAGCCGCGUUUCAAAAAAGACAACGUGACCUUGGGCGUUCGCCUAAAUGUGCCCAUCGACACCAGUCUCAUUACUCUGGAAGCCUAUGAUGCUGAUUCCAGUGCGUUACUCAUCAACUAUAACAUGAGCAAAGUUUCCUUCACGUCCCUGGUUGAUCCCGCAAUGUCGCAGAAAGAGAUACCGUCGCAGUUAUCUUUAAACGCGCGCACUGGCGAACUCAGAACGACGGGAUCUAUGGCGGGAUACGCAGAUGGCUUCAUGGAGAUGAUCAUGUCAGCCAACAACUCAAUGACACCAGGACGCGAGACCAACAUCACCGUGCGCAUUUUCUUGCUGCGCGAUCGCGACAUGUUGAAGUUCGUAUUUUCGAAACCGCCGGUCGAGGUCAGGAAGACACUCGAAGAGUUCGAGAAGGCGGUCCAGCAGGCUCUCUCGCUACCUAUCAGUGUCAACGUUUAUGAUACGCAGUUUUACUCGAAAGAUGACAAUUCCCUGGACUUUUCGUCGACCAGCUCGUGCUUUCAGAUGGUUGGCAAGGAGUCCUACGACCUGGACGAGAUGCGAACGUUACUGACCGACCCAAAGAACCAAGAAUUAAAGAAGGUAUACAAGGCAUAUCACGUGGAAAAGGUACAGCAUUGCGCUGCUAUAGUGGCGCGAGCUGACGCCUCCAUGACGCAGAUAUGGGUCCUGGCAAUCGCGGUCCUCGUUGGAAUUGCGACAAUAAUCUCCAGCUGCACGUUGUGCUGCAUGCACUCGAAAUAUAAGAGACAAGUAAAACAUGCGCGUUUGCGCGAUCAGCCACGACCGCCUCUUAGUUACGUAUCUUCCGGACCUGCCAUGGUCAGUGCUGGAUCUCACACAACUUUGGGUCCAGGAACCAUGGUCACCAUGGGUCCACAUGAGGGCCCGUACGAAUGGGGAGCCGACACGACGCUUUAUCAUCCAAGCACGCUGGGUUCGAGAACGUGAGAGAUUCGGAGAGAUUUAAAUUACAUCGACUUUUUCUUAGGUAACAUUUUUUUUAAUUGUUUGUUAGUAAAUUAUUUAAUAACUAAACAAUCAAGUUUAUAUGCAAGAAACAAAUAUGAACAAUAGAACAUUAUUUCACAAUUAAUUCAAUAAUCAAAAUUUUGUUUUGUCGAAAGAUAUAUUGAUUAAGAUAUAUGCUUAUUAAAAUAUUUAAAUUGGAACUAAAAAGAGGAAAUUAUCGCUAAGAAAAAAUCGAUUAAAAAUUAUCUUAAAAAUAGUGGUUCCUAAACUAUUUCGCGUGUAUGAUGCAUCGUGUAUAUGAUUUUAGUGACUUUUUGAAGAUGACGGUAAUGUUCGAUGAAAGAUGCAUUAAAAGAUACAAAAUUACUAAAGCAUUAUAUAAUUUAUAAACUAACAGUUAAAAACAACUAGUUAAACAAACAGUUGAACAAGCAAAUGAAUUGAUGGUGCUAUAUUUGUAAUAUAAAAAUGUAAGUGCGAUUUACGAUGCAAUAUAACAAAGUAUAUGAUGUGUAAAAUGUGACAAUAUUAUUUAUAAGUAAUUUUAAGAUUACUAACUCGCGAGAUUGUAUAUUUUAUACUCAAGCAUUAUACUUUUGUGGUAUAAAAAAACCGCAAGCGGUCUUUCUGUUGUAAUAUAAUACCCUAUUUAAGAUAAAAUAAAAUUGUACAUUUUAUAAUAUUUAUA